GGUGCACUAGGCGUGGAGUCAAUCCAUUUUUCUGAACACUUCAUUUCUGUGCUUACCACCUUCUGGAUGCAUGCACAGCAGCAGUCGCUCUACGCUUCAGCAGACGAGUUCCAGGAUCUGAUCAAGCAGGUCCUCUCCUGGGACAUCAGGUCGAUCUCACAGCGGAUCCGCCCCCACCAAGUGAACAUGGAAGGCAAUGCCGAUGCCAAUUGCAGCAGAGAAGCUGAUGAGGACCACGAGGGCACAGCAAGCUCAGGCGUCGUCUACCACCUCCAUCUUGAAGGCAUUGAUGUGUCGUACAGGAUAGACCAAGGCUCUAACAUCGUCGUCGAGGACGCGGCACUCCUUCCCGGUGCCAUGGGAAACCAGAACCGACAUGGUUACUUGGUGUGGAGGGAUAAACUUGGCAGCGACGUUUCAUAGCAUGGCCAUUCGAUCUCUCUGCGUUUUGUUACUGUUUGUAGGAAUGCCGU